GAGGAGGAGGAAGAGGAAGAAGAAGAAGAGGAAGAGGAAGAGGGGGCUGCUUGGCAGCGGUGCCGGCGGCAGGUAGCAUGUCCUCUGCCUCCAAAGAAGAGAGAAACGCACGUAUAGUGAUGACUACCCUGCUACUCACUGAGCAAAUAACACAAGAAGACCGUGGCUCGGAGGGAAAGUAUGUCCUUUACGGAUCCUCGUGUUCCCAAAUCACCGAGGAAGCUGAAUACGUGAAAAAGCAGCUUCCUCAAGUGUCGGGCAAUAAACCGGAGUCAAAGAGCAGCGGCUGGAGCUGGAGCUGCAGUCCUGUUGCAAGGACGAUGAAGGAAACAGAAGAGCAGCUGCUGCUGGUGAGCAGAGAAAACCAAAUGCUGAAGAUCAAGCUGGAAGCCACGAGAGAAGCAGGUGUACAGGCUCUCAGAUCUGCCUCCCAGAAACUGUAUGAGAAUUACCAGACUUGGUCAGAAGAACUGAAAAAAAGCCAUGAGAAUGAGAAGCAGCAAAUACAGACCUACCAUCUCCAAAAAGAAGAAAAGCUUCAGCAAAGCUCCAAAACCACCAGCCGCCUUGCCGAAGGCAUCAGGGAAAAAUGUACCCGCAUCGCAGAGAUGGAGAAGCGAGUGCAAAGGAUGGAGGAGGAAAAGAAAACUCUGAUAGAGAAGAAAAUGUCACUUGAAAAGAUGCUUCAACAGAUGAUGUCAAGGAAUGAAGAUGCCAAACGGUGCCUGGAUCUCCAGCGGCAGAUUUCCACCCUGCGGGAGCAGAUCUGCCGCCUGCAGUGGGUGAUCCAGGCGCAGCACCACGGCCUGCGCAGCGUGAUACAGGAGGCAGAGGAACUGAAAAAUGAACUCAGAAGCCAAGAUAAAAAAAUAGAAGACCUGACAGAGAAGCUGUCUGCACUGGAAGCACAGAAUAAAGAACUGAAAGACAGAGUGGAGUUUUGGUCUGGCCAGCCCAAGGCUAAAGUUUCAAAAGCUGUCUGGACAGACACCCCACGAGAUUUUGGAGCAUCCCCUUACCUGAUGCUCACCAGGCUAAGGAAGCAAGAAAGCUAAAGGAACGACUGGAUGUUUGUCUCCUACCCUUGCCAGAAGGACUCUUCCUGCGUGUUGCGACCUGUAACUCCUACAGCCUCUUUGUUACUGCAAAACACCUUCGGCAUGUGCUGCCUCUCUACAAAAGGUGGUGCAGAAGCAGUACUGAAGAGCUGCAUUUGGAAGAAUAAACCUGGAAACAAGGCGAGAGCUGAUGAGGGGUGGUGAGCUCAUGAAUGCCUGCGCAGUCCAGACAGCAAAGACAGCCCGGCCAUGCCUGGGGGGGUGUGUUGCACUGCCAGACUAGCUCUGCGACUGCCCUCAGUUUAGGUAAGAUUAUAAAAUAAACCUUUGGCUACCUGGUAUGUUGUUACAGUCGCCGCUUUCCUAACUGCUGUUGUAGGAUGGCUGGAGCACAGGUUGGAGGUGGAACAGCAGCCCUGCCCUUUCAGGGGGACUCAGCUCUCCUCCAGCGUUGGACCCUGGGGGGCACAGCGUGUUUUAGGCAUAGCAGCAGCAUAAUGUCAUGGUGUCCUCGGGGAAGGAAUGAGCGGAUCCCUUUCUGGGUUAAAAUGGCUUUUGCUUUCCUGAAAACUUUCCAUGGCAAAUGGUAAGUUUUCUGCCCAAGUCAGCGGGAGUGUGAAGUUCCUCCUUGAGUCCUUCCUCCAGCUGAAAUCCCUUUUGGAGGGGAAAG